UCCGUAAGGCGGAGCAAGCGGUGGUGGACUUUCCGCUCGCUGACAGAAUUCGGUAGACAGUGCGGGGCCAUGGCUGCUGUCCUCCGAGUUGUGAUGCGGUUGCCAGUGCCAGCUGUGUGGGGAAGGCCUCUCUACAGGCUGCAGUGCUGCAGUGGGCAGGAUUUUAGGAAGUGGGUGGGGAGUAGGUCACCCACAUUGAAAGGGAAACCACCAGGCACAGAGACAGAGAAAUUCCAGAUGAUCUACCGGUUUGAUGCCAUCAGAAUCUUUAGGUACUUGUCUCGGCUGAAGGUGGUACAAACAGCCCUGACGGUGGUGGCCCUGCCUCCUGGCUUUUACUGGUACUCCCAGGGCCUUAUGGCUUUCAACUCCUUGUGCCUCGUAGGUGGGAUAGCUGGGUUUGCCCUGGCCAUGCUGUGCUGGAUGAGCUAUUUCUUCCGGAGGCUAGUGGGUAUCCUAUAUGUGAAUGAGUCAGGCACCAUGCUGCGGGUGGCCCACCUGACCUUCUGGGGCUGGCGGCAGGACACAUACUGCCCAGUGGCCGACGUGAUCCCUAUGACGGAAACCCAGGACUGGCCUCAGGAACUUUUUGUACGGAUCCAGCAGUACAGUGGGAAGCAGACCUUCUACCUCACCCUGCGCUAUGGACGCAUCGUGGACAGAGAGCGUUUCACACAGGUGUUUGGGGUGCUGGACACACUUAAGUGAAUAGCUGGACACUGGGCUUCUGGGUAACCUUGGGCCACCUGGAUCUCUGACAGAAGGCUGAAGGUGUGGGCAAGGUUAAAGAAAGGGGACCUGUGAGCUGGAGACUUUGCCAGGAUUCCUGGGAAACUUGCCUUUUGGAAUGAGUAAGUUCAUGAGGCUGAUGCUAGUAAGAUAGUUUAGGAAAGAGGCCUUAGUGCAAAUUUUUACGCACUUGUAUAUGACAUUCAUGUAGGUAAUGGCCAGCAGGUUCUCUUGGGAGCCAACUGUUGGAAGAAGCUAUGCCCCAUUCAUGCAAACAGAAAGUGCUGUGAAAUGGGAAGAAGGGUGGGGCAGGCGGAACAUAGGAUUUGGAGUUGGAAGACUUGGGUUUUGUUCAACCUUAACUUCUGUCCUGGGCCAGGUAGCUGAGUCUCUCUGAACCUUGGUUUUUCAUUUGUAAAGUGGAAAUCCUGCCUGUCUCAUGGGAUGUGUGUGAGAAUAAAUAAUAAAUGUUGAGUGCUUUGCAAACUCAGGAUGCAAGAGCAAACAUGAAGUGUUUGUUUAGAGGUGAUGGAGUGGUAGACCCAGCAGCAGACUGGAUUGGGAUGAAACCUGGAAGUGGGUCAUUUGGUCCUGCCAGAUGGUAACUACAUGAGGGGAAUGAGAGUCAUCCAAGCAAAUAUGGCACUCCUGCAAGACAGUGUUUAGUACCCAGAGGGCUUGGGGCUCUCACAUCAGAUGUCUCUGGACUGUGUGUGCCUGGGCCAAUUUUUUGCCUAAAGAAUAGAUUCUCAAUCCCUGGCUCCAUAUGCGGAAUCACCUGGAGAGCUUUUUAAAAGUGUUGUUACCCAGGCCUGUGACCAUGCCCCCCAGGUGGUUCUCAUGUGUAGUCUGGGUUGACAGUCAAUGGGUGGAAGUCUCACCGUACUGGGAGGUGAGAGCCAGGAUUCUCACCCUCUUUUACAUGAAAAGAGCUUUUGUUCCUAUGCACAGUCUGCUGUGUAGUACCAGCAGAGGGCACACAGAGCAAAUGCAUUAUCCAUUCCUUUAUUCCUGAGCUAAAAUCAUACGUCUCUAUGUGAGAAUGGGAAUCAGAUUAGGGCUUUUACCACAUGCAUAGGGCAGCACCUAGGAGCCGUGCAAAAAAAUCCCAAAUCAACAAGACUACCCUGUGUUGAACCCCCACAGGUUCCUGUAGAAACUGGGCAUGUGUGUUUUUGUGCUAAUUCUAAGGCAGCCCAAGUUUUGAAAAUCAUUUUGUGGGGUUUAUCCUUCCCCAAAACCAAGCAGUAGCUCCUCAGAAAAUGGAAGUGGCCUUUGGAUUCAGGUGUUGGAAUUAGCCGCUUUGACAAAAUCUAGCCUCAUUAGCAAAGAGGUUACAUUGGUGAUUAGCCUCUUUAACAAUUCCAGCAUAGUCAUGUAAUAGCGAUAC